AUCACCAAGAUGGCGAGCCCCAAGCGAUUUGCGCUGAAUGCUCUGGACAAUAUCAUGCCUCGUUUCUUCUCCAGCCUCAUCUUCACGUUCAGGCUCAGCAAGGAAGCAACGCAUGAUCAGGCCCUCCAACUACUUCAAGAAAGUCUUCGGACAGCCUGCGACGAGCUGCCUUAUUUUCGGCGAAAGGUCUUUAGCAUUCCGAUAUCGCCCGAAAACAAGACACCCGGUCGUCUGGAGGCGCGCGAACACCAAGAUUGGAUUCCUCAGGUGCUGCGCAACGACCUGACGAAAUCAUGGCCCGAGUACGACGACAUGGUAGAAGAUGGUCUGCCGCAGGACCUGCUCGACGGCUCGCAGCUGUUCCCUCCCGGUCGCCACAUCAUUGACCUCGAUCAUGAAGGCACACCACUCCUCGUCGCCCAGGCCAACUAUGUCCGCGGUGGGCUGCUGCUCGGCGUGUCCAUGUUCCACUCGCUCGUCGACGGAAUGAGCGGCGCACUCAUCCUUCGCAUGUGGGCAAAGCAUAUGCGCAUCCACUCGGGGGAGACUGUCGCUGCCUUUGACAUUUCUCCCGGCUCCUGUGACUAUGACACCCUCCACGAGGUGUGGAAAACAUCCGGGGCGCCCGUAGCCGAGGGUACUCCCGACGACUGGCGGCUGCUGGGCCUCCUCCCACCGGGUGUCGAGGACCGACCGAGUGGCGCACCGCCGCCGCCCAUGCGCUCCAGCAUCUUUUACAUCUCAGGCACUUCGUUUGCCCGCCUGGGCGCCAUAGCGGCUGGUUCCUCCACCAAUGGCCAUGUCGACGGCGGAGGCGCAGAUGGCGACGACGGUGUGAAACUGGGAGGAACGGCCAACGACGCCCUCAUGGCGCUGCUGUGGCGGUGUGUCAUGCGAGCGCGGCGGGCAGCGGCACCCGAGUCUCCGAGCUACGGCGCUUCAGAGGUGGCCGAGCUGGACACGACGCUCAACGGAAGGGCAUUCUUCGGAGAAGAGCUACCAUGGCAGUACAUGGGCACGCUGGUGUAUAUUGUGACAACGCGCAUGACUGUUGCUGAGCUGACGGAUCCUGCCACGCCAUUGAGUGCGGUGGUCAGCGCUGUGCGGAAUUCCGUGGCCAGAGUCACACGCGAGCGGGCUCUGUCUGUGUAUGGGCUUGCGGCAACACGUCUGGAGGGGUAUACGGCCGAGACAUUGCGAUGGCCCUUUGCGACAUUUGAAGGGGCCGAGGCGUGCUUCAGCAGCCUGGUGUCGCUGCCUGUCAUGGAUAUUAGCUUUGGCGGCAAGGUUUUCGCUGGCAAUGGUGUCCCGGAUUACGUUCGACCGGAGCGUCGUGCGCUGGAUCACGUCUGUCGGAAUUGUAACAUUCUUCCUUUGCGACUAGAAGGGGGCACUGAGGUAUUCAUCUCGCUGACGGUGGACGAGAUGGCUCUUCUAGAGCGUGAUGCUGAGUUCGCCGAGUACGCGCAGCUGGUGUGUCAUUAG